UAGGUCCUUUAAGUGCAUUAUUUGUUGUUUUUAUUUUCCCUCUACUGGAGGUGUAGAGGAGAACUUGUAUUGUUAUGCUUGGCUACUGAUUUUAUCUCUGUCUUGACGAAUCCUUUCUGUACUGAUUUGGCAUUCUUUCUCUACAUUUUGUUUAAACUGCCACAUACACUUGUUAAAUAUUUCUAGUCUGUUAGAGUUCUGUUGUUCUUUUCUUUUUCUUUCCAUGGUGAUUGAUCGCCGUCUGGGGGCUAACACGAGCCCACCAUGCUAAUUUCACUUAUUCUGCCCAUUAACUGCUUCUGUCUCCAGGGUCAGAGACAGAUGUAUGAACCCACUUUAUCUCUCAGCUUACAGAACAUCUUAUACAGUGAGUGUUGUAUUACGAAACAGCUACAACAGCCUCUAAUUACUCAGGUCUACGCUGUGUUGAAUGCUGGUGCACCUAGAGAAACAGCAUGCAAAAGCACAUUUGUUUAAGUCCUCAGAUGGUUAACAUUGUGCAUAACCUCCUCACAAAUUACAGCCUCAGCUGCAGCACAUCCAUUAGUCUGGAAGAAUGAAGAUUCCCAAGCGGCCCUGGUGCCUUUCCCAAUUCCCCUGCGACCCACCAAUCCUCUCAGUGCUUCCUCUGCAUGUAGGGAGUGUUCAGAGCUAAUCAGGUCAAUGAUCAUCUCACAGCUCAGGGGACAUGACAGGAGCCUAUCACAGCAGUUACACGAUCUUCCAGACCUGAGCACGCUUGCUGAGAAUCUCAUGUUCAGAAACAUUGCUUUGGUGCCUCUUCUCUCACUCCCCAGGAGCCUCUGAGGAUUUCAGCUUAUCUUUCUCUCUCUCCUUUAGACAGUGAAGAGUUCAACAUCAACGCAAAAAAGACAGAGCAGUAUGCAGCUACCCGGAGGGUGUUGAUUGAAACUUAGAUUACCCCCAAAUCGCUGUUGAUUUGACUGAUGCUUCAGCUUUACCAGAGAAAAGGUUUCAAUUGAGGUCCCUUUAGAUGGAAUUUAAUGCGGCAAAAACCUUGUCAUCAGAAGGAUUAAUGCCUGCAUUAGCAUUUCUGCAAUAAAAUCAGAAGCUAAGUGGUGGAGGCCACAGACACCUCAAACCUGGAUUCCUCUGCUCUGCAUUAAGUGCUGGAGAUUUUAUUACUUGCUCUAGGGAAGCCGUUGCCAAUGCUCACAAGGAACUGCUUAUCCCUGCUUCUCUGGGUCCUGUUUGAUGGAGGUCUCCUAACGCCACUACAUCCACAACCACAACAGAAUUUAGAAGCAGAGACAAGAGAAAAUGUUGUCCAAGUGCCAGGGAGGAGAUCAUCUGCCCAGCGAGUCAAACGAGGCUGGGUGUGGAAUCAAUUUUUUGUACUGGAGGAGUACAUGGGCUCUGAACCUCAGUAUGUGGGAAAGGAAGAUCGUCUGCCAGCCACAUGGACUAGAAAACAAAAGAAACAGUUACUGGUAAAUGCUUCAUUCUGACUUGGACAAGGGAGUGGGCACUGUUAAAUAUACCCUUUCAGGAGAUGGUGCCGGCACGGUUUUUACCAUUGAUGAGACCACAGGAGACAUUCAUGCCAUAAGGAGCCUAGAUCGAGAAGAAAAACCCUUCUACACACUCCGGGCUCAGGCUGUGGAUGUUGACACCAAAAAGCCACUUGAGCCUGAGUCAGAGUUCAUCAUCAAAGUGCAGGAUAUUAAUGAUAAUGAGCCAAAGUUCCUGGAUGGGCCUUAUGUUGCCAGUGUCCCAGAAAUGUCUCCAGUGGGUGCAUAUGUGCUUCAAGUAAAGGCAACAGAUGCUGAUGAUCCCACUUAUGGAAACAGUGCUAGAGUGGUUUACAGCAUUCUUCAGGGGCAACCAUAUUUCUCCAUUGAUCCGAAGACAGGUGUAAUAAGAACAGCCUUGCCAAAUAUGGAUAGAGAAGUGAAAGAACAAUAUCAAGUUCUAAUUCAAGCCAAGGACAUGGGAGGACAACUGGGAGGACUAGCUGGUACUACCACUGUAAACAUUACUCUCACGGAUGUCAAUGACAACCCACCCAGAUUUCCUAAGAGUAUCUUCCAUUUAAAAGUACCUGAGUCCUCUCAUGUUGGUUCUGCUAUUGGAAGAAUCAGAGCUGUGGAUCCUGAUUUUGGGCAAAAUGCAGAAAUUGAGUACAACAUAGUUCCAGGAGAUGGAGGAAACUUGUUUGACAUCACAACAGAUGAGAAUACCCAGGAAGGAGUCAUCAAACUGAAAAAGCCAUUAGACUUUGAAACAAAAAAAGCAUACACCUUUAAAGUCGAGGCCUCCAAUCUCCAUCUUGAUCAUCGAUUUCACUCUGUGGGUCCAUUCAAAGAUACUGCCACUGUGAAGAUAAAUGUGUUGGACAUGGAUGAACCUCCAGUUUUCAGCAAGCCUACAUACACAAUGGAGGUUUAUGAGGAUACACCUGUGGGGACCAUUAUAGGUGCAGUGACAGCACAAGACCUUGAUGCUGGCAGCAGCUCAGUUAGAUACUUCAUCGAUUGGAAGAAUGAUGUGGACAACUACUUUACAAUAGAUGCUACUGAAGGAACCAUUGCCACUAAUGAAUUACUGGAUAGAGAAAGCACAGCACAGUACAAUUUCUCUAUAAUUGCAAGUAAAGUUAGUAACCCACUAUUAACCAGCAAAGUCAACGUUAUAAUAAAUGUCCUGGAUGUCAACGAGUUUCCUCCUGAAAUUUCAGUUCCAUAUGAGACAUCUGUAUGUGAAAAUGCCAAACCAGGACAGGUGAUACAGACUGUCACUGCUGCAGACAAAGAUUUGUCACCAGCUGGGCAAAGGUUUUCCUUCAGACUGUCAGCUGAGGCUUCCAACAAACCAAAUUUCACAGUACAUGACUACAGAAACAACACAGCUGGGAUUGAAACCAGAAGAAAUGGUUACAACAGAAGGCAGCAGGAGCUGUACUUUCUUCCAGUGGUAAUAGAAGACAGCAGUUACCCUGUUCAGAGCAGCACAAACACAAUGACUAUCCGUGUUUGCAGAUGUGAUUCUGAUGGUACCAUCCUGUCCUGCAAUGUGGAAGCAAUCUUCUUACCAGUAGGCCUCAGCACAGGAGCACUGAUUGCAAUCUUGUUGUGUAUUGUUAUACUUCUAGUCAUUGUAGUACUGUAUGUAGCACUACGGAGGCAGAAGAAAAAAGACACCCUGAUGACCUCUAAAGAAGACAUCAGAGAUAAUGUUAUCCAUUAUGAUGAUGAAGGAGGUGGAGAAGAGGACACCCAGGCUUUUGACAUAGGUGCUCUGAGGAAUCCUAAAGUGAUUGAAGAUAAUAAAAUACGCAGGGACAUAAAACCAGACACUUUGCGCUUUCCACGUCAGAGACCACCAGUGGAAGAUAACACAGACAUAAGAAAUUUCAUUAAUCAAAGGCUGCAGGAAAAUGAUGUAGACCCAACUGCACCUCCUUAUGACUCCUUGGCAACUUAUGCUUAUGAAGGAAAUGGAUCUGUUGCAGAGUCUCUCAGCUCUAUAGACUCCCUUACUACAGAGGCAGAUCAGGAUUAUGACUAUCUGAAUGACUGGGGACCUCGCUUCAAGAUCUUGGCAGACAUGUUUGGAGAAGAGGAAAGUUAUAAUCCUGACAAAGUCACUUAAGUACAACUACAAGAGUGAAAUUAAAAGUAAACCAACAACAAAUUUAAAAGAUAAACAUAAGCUUUAUAACAGGACAGGAUUCCUUUGAUUAUAAAAGACAGCAACUGUUUCCAGCAAGUUACUGCAUUUAUCUUACUGUCAGUUUUGAUUUGAUCUGCGAAGGAAAGAGAAAUCCUGUAAUAUACACAGUUUUUGUUGUUAUUUUGUUACUCUGGAAUUACACUGAGGCAAGUGCAGGCCUACAGGUUUACUGACCUGACUUAGAAGGAAGAUAGCUUUUUGGCAUCAUGGUGGAAGAGUGGUAGCUUUUUCGUAAUUCCACUAAAGUGCCUAUUGAAACUUUUAUCAUUUAAGUUGUAAAGAGUCUGCUGUGAUGGUGUUACAAAACUGAAUGGUAAAUUGGACAAGAACUUUAAGACAAUGAGCAAUAGCAACAUGCCGACUUCUUUUAGAACAAAAAUGAAGAUCACUUCAUGGAGAAUAUUUAAUGACUAAAACUAAGGGGGGGAGGAGGGAAGGGUAUACGUUGUGUUUCGGGGUGAUGUUUGAUUUUUUAAAAGAAGAAAACACUAUGUCAAGACGUUGUAUUUCUUCUUCCAAAAUUUCACUGAAAAUUUAAAUUUAAAAUGUUAUUGUUCACUCUGAAGAUGUAAAGCCCAAAUUAAAAAGGAAAAGUGUUAGCAUACAGCAAUGAAUAUUUAAAAUGUUGAUGCAAAUGUUACAUUUUUUUCAAAAUAAUAAAAAGAUGGAAGCAACUAUUCCUUUAUGUGAA